UGUCCUCCCUCGUUCCUCUCUCCUCCUCAUUCCCCUUCUCCUCCCCCCUCUCUCCUUUUGUGAAAACGCUUCGUCUUUUAUCGAACCUCCCGCAGACAACUUCAAGACUUCGCCCCUGUUGUGGAUUCGUGGCGGCAAACAUACAUCUUUCUCCUGAUACUGUCGUCUUUGCUCUGUCUGUGUAGGAACGAUGUUUUGACCUGUCUCCUAUAAUAUCGAAAUCAACUCACUCGUAGCUCAUACUUCUUUUUCUUGCCUUUCACCCUUCGCUUCCCCCUUAUCCCUUGUUGGCCCUCGUUUAGACCUGUGUCCAAUAUGAGUGCUGGUAUUCCACCUUGGCGUGCCACGGCGGCAGCACCUACCGCCACGGCUUCUCUGUACUCGAGUCAUGCAACCCCUGCCUAUACCCCUGUUCAAGCACGCCGUAGUAUUACCACUGCCAAAACAACGAUCUCUGCCCCAACACCGGCUUCGUCGCACCAAACAUCUACGGAAACCGCCCCCCGCAAACAACGAGUAGAGUGGCCAGAGCCGGUGCGAUUGUACGUACAACGCAGUUUUGCACCUGAAAAUCGGCUCGCUGGAGUCGAGCGAGGCGAGAUGGAAACCAAACUCCGAGCCGUCAUCACCGAAGCGGCCGAGAAUAAUAUGCUCGAUAAGAUCGAUUGGACCAACUUGCCCCUGCCUCAAGUCAUGGUUCAGAAUGAUCGAAACAAGAUAUUAGCUAGCCCUAGCGUAUCGACUUGGGGCACCUUCGGCGCACUUUCACCCAAGAAAUCCAAUAGCAACGGGCUGGAAGACGUGUCGAAGAAGCGGAAGUCGGUUGAGUACCAAGGGGAUGCGAACGGCUGUCCCCCUUGGCGGAAAACUAACAAUCACAAUGCUUUUGAAGAUCGAGUCACCUAUGCCUCAACUGAUAAGCGCCAAAGAAUAGAUUUGAAGAAUACUAGUAAGUCUAAAGCCAAUCUGGAAAUGCGGAGGAAACGCUUCGAAGAGCCUCAGGCUUCUAAUGGUUCCUCCGCGUCGUCCCGCGGCACCUCACCCGUCCCUGCUGCGAACACCGGCCCUGUUGUCGGAACUUGCCAGGAGUUGGAAAAGAACUAUUUCCGCCUGACUGCCGCACCGAAGCCGGAGACCGUGCGGCCCUUGCAUGUUUUGCAUAAGACCUUGGACGUGCUGAAGAAGAAGUGGAAAAAAGACAACAACUAUACAUAUAUCUGUGACCAGUUUAAGUCGUUGCGGCAAGAUCUGACAGUGCAGCAUAUUAAGAACGAAUUUACUGUCAGCGUCUACGAGAUUCACGCCCGAAUCGCAUUGGAGAAGGGGGACCUUGGUGAGUAUAAUCAGUGUCAGACUCAGCUUCGCGCACUGUAUGCACAGCAGCUUGGCGGGCAUCCCACAGAAUUCCGGGCAUAUCGUAUUCUCUACUUCAUUCAUACUCGCAACUGGACGGCCAUGAACGAUGCUUUAGCCGAUCUAACCCCAGCAGACAAACGGGAUCCUGCUGUGAAACAUGCCUUGGAUGUACGCUCUGCCCUUGCUCUCGGAAACUACCACCGAUUUUUCCAGUUGUACCUUGAUACCCCGAACAUGGGAGCUUAUCUCAUGGACAUGUUUGUGGAUCGCGAGCGAUUGUCGGCCUUGGCAGCUAUUUGUAAAGCAUACAAACCCGACGUAAAAAUCCGAUUUGUCACCGAAGAACUUGGUUUCGAGUCCGAUGAGCAGAGUGCACGCUUCAUUCUGGAUCAUUCCGCUGAGGAUCUGCUUCAGGAGAAGGAGGGGUCUGUGAGACUCGUGACGGGGCCCAGGGCCGGCCAGCUCUUUGAAGCUGCCAAGGCCGAUGCUCAUCGGAUCGUCGAUAUCAAGGGCCAGAUCUAAGUUCAUCUCUGUUUCUUUGAAGCCACUCUGCACAUUUUCAUUCUACAUCACCUUCUGGAUACUCUUGCGUACCCUCGACAUAUCAGUUUUCCUUCUACCGUCAUGGUGUUUGGAGUCAUCUUUUCAGAUCGUUUUACCCCGUCGUAUUCCCCUUUCUCUUUUCUUGUGGCACACCAAAAUAUCUUUUAUCGGCAUCGGAGGCGUCUGGAUAUCGACUUUUCGUCGAAGUGAGGAGAUCUAUACCCAUUUCGACUCCGGGAAGCGUUGGUUGAUCCGGGUUUUUCUUGCGAGCCGGAGUGGGGAUGAGGCAGAACAGUACUUCUAACCUUUAGUUUGAUAAAUCUCGGUAGUGCAAUUGAAUACGAGGAUUUUUUUGUA